AAGAGGCGUGCUGUACACUAACUUCCGUUAUUGGCGACGUGACACCAAGCUAGCGCUCGCUAGCACCGUCGCGGCGAAGGACACGACCAUUUGCUUUUACUAUUAUUAAGCAAAGGUAAAAAUACGCACGUACACACAAAUUUGUCGGGAGGGAUAUUUUGCUGAUUACCAGCAUUGUUUUGUGUUGUGUUGUGUGGUCUGGACAGCGAUCCAGUUUGUAUCGUCGGGAGAUUAAAGGCCUGCUGUUUUGUCAAUAAGCGGCGACGGUGGCCGUGUUAUUUUAUUUUUGAAAGCAAAAAAAGAAUACAUACACAGUGUCGUAAUACUGUUUUCUGUCUUGUUAACCAAAUGGUGAAAUGUUGUCUCAUGUUUUGUUGUUCCGACCCCCAACGAGUGCUAGUCCAUGUAGUGGGUGGGAGUGUAGCACAUACCCGUUAACUUCGCCAUGCAUUUACUAAACGGGCAUAAACUCAUUUUGAAUUUCUCCAAACACUUAUUUAAGCACAGCACGUUUGAAUUUUCAUCCUUUCAUUUACUUUGUUUUGCAUUUAACUUCACUAGUUUACAUAUAUUCUAGUUGCUUUCAUUCUGUUAAAUACUGGACCAUUCGGGAUGGUUUUAAGAUGUAUGGCUCAUGUUAAGGUAGGACUAAUACAACAAAAACGUGACUGGAUGUGAUCUGACUUGCAAGACAUGUUGGCACUUUGCGUGGUUGUUGUUGGAUAUGCAUCAAAGGCAACCCAAUAAAUCAUGUUAGGAUUUGUGUGUCAUUGAUGGAGGUGCUACUUUAUCAGUGUGUCAUUGUUUUGCGAGUCACAAGCAGGAAGAUAGCACCGCUGCGCAACUGUAUCUGAAAGGAACUGAAGAAUGGAUGAGCUGAGAUGAGACGUUCCCCAUGAAGAAGCGUUCCUGUCCAGUGAACAGCGGUCUACUUCCCUGCAGUUAACCUCAUUUUGUUUUUGUAACUCUUUCCAGCUUUGUGUUGACAUCGAAGCAUUGUACCGCUUCUGCUACUCCAGGCCCCACCAAACUACCUGUUUGGCGGACUAGCCGGUAGCUCGUUCCUGAUUGUUCCACAGGCAGCCAUGUCCCAUCCUCUGUACAACCCUUAUGGGGCCCAACGAAGGCAGGCAGAGAACGACCCCCAUAGGGUAUCUUCUUGUGUCGGACUCGGACCCAGCCUCAGCUCCUCCACAUGUCGACCGCAGGCUUCUGAAAGCCAGGCGAUCCCUACGCUGCUGCUCAAUUAUCAACCCAAGCCAGGAUCCAAGACCAAGGAAGACUUCUUGGCUUUGGAUCAAGACUCUCGCAGACAAGAGUUCUGCUCGGAAUCAGCACCUAGCUCUUACCAAAAUAUCAGCAGAAACUUUGACGGCAGCGGCGACUCUCACAAUUGCAUGUCAAAUUAUAGCCGAACAGCCGGUGACACCCCCUCCUCCUCCUCCUCCUCCGCUCAUUAUCAACAGUCAACAUCAGCGGGUCGUUCUUUGUUUAGUGCAUCUAGUAAGCAGGAUCAUGAGCUCCGUUCAAUUCUACGCCGAGAUUACAGCGAACCUCACAUGGCCCAAUCUUCCGAGCCCACUCAGGCCAAAUAUACCUGUGAGGCAGCUGCCAACAUCCUGGUGCAAUUUGGACUUGAAAAGGGUGAUUUGGAGCAUCUUAUAUCCUAUCCUGAAGACCAGAUCACCCCUGCCAACUUACCCUUCAUCUUGCGCCAAAUCCGCAUUCAGAAGACCAAGAAGGCGUCGGCUGCCGAUCGACUCAAAGCAUUCCCUGAACUUGCCCCCACUCGAGGCGGCCUUGCGAGUGGGGACAGUUGGAGAAGCCCUGUACUGGCGGGGACGGAACGAGAGGAUGCAUCGUCUCCUCUUUUCCAGUCUAGUAAGGUCAUUGACUAUGGACAUACGAGCAAAUAUGCUGGAAUGUUUGGGGAGGAUGUUGAGAGCGGAGCUGAAAGAGCUGAGGGUGACAAUUUGGACAGAAGAAGUCGCGGUCAAGAGCUGGCGCAGCCUGCACCUUCUCGCCCCGAUCAGAAGGAAACUAGCAUCUCUUUCCUCACGUCCAUCCUGAAAUCUAGCCAGCCCAAAAGUCAUGACCCGGUACAGUCAACGUUCACAACUUUUUCAAUGCCGACAAAAGACACCGAUGCUCGUGACUUCACAUCUCAAGUCCCAAAAGCCACCGUUUCUGAACGAAAGCAGGACAAGCCUACGCCCAUCUUAAAACCACAACCGUCAUCCGCUUUCCAUCGUCGUGUCCAUCCCGACAGGCCCGACCUCGUAGUCCUCGGAGGAGAUGAUGCCAGCGACAUCGGCGACCAGCGUAAAAGUCAAGCUCCGGCCGGUCCAAACAAGGCCCAAAAAGCGAAGAUGCCUGCGCAGCAGUCGACCGUCAAGAAAGGGCAACCACAAAAGCAGUCCACACAGAAGUCCGCGGAAGUCAAGAAGCAGCAGGUGCCCAAGACCAAGACCCAGACCAAGCCCCCACAGCCGGUUAAAACGAAGACAUUGCUGACGGACCCUCCGUCGGCAGAGCCGGGGUGGCAGCAGGGUUUCACUGCGGGGCAACAGGGUCAACCCAUCCAUCCCGUUUGCCCCGUGCCCAACCUCUUGAACGUUCUUGCAUUUUCGUCGUUCGGCCGGGGACCGGGUGAUGGCGGCAAUCAACUCUCGCAGCCGCUUCUGGCCCAGGUCACGGUCUCCGAGGGUUUGCCAACGUCAGCCAAGAUGCUGGACUAUGCAGCGGCCACGCCCAGAGUCUUUCCACACACGUGUUCUCUGUGUAACAAAGGGUGCGCCCUGAUGAAGGAUUGGCUCAUUCACCAGAACUCCAACGUACACCUUGAGAGCUGCAGAGUCCUUCGCAAGCAAUAUCCAAAAUGGGAUGGCGAGGUGUUGUAUAGCCACGAGGAUCAGGAGCAAAAGAAGCCGGCGUCCAUCAAACACCCUCAGAGUAAGAAACCCCAUCGUGGCUCUCGCUCACCACCUUCCCACUCCAGCCCUCGCCGACGCAGCUCAGAUGCUCAGAGAGAGAAGAGGACAAGGAGGAGUAGUCGAUCCCGUUCGCCUCACAGCUCCAGAUACAAGCGCAGGUCUCGUUCUUGCUCCACGAGCUCUUCCAACUACCGCCGCUCGCGCUCGAGAAGUUACGAGAGGCGUCCUCUGCGACGAAGUCAGGAGGGGCACUCGUCACAGAAAGGGAGUCACGGGAGGCGCUCCUCGUCGCGCAGGCGCUCCUCGUCCCGCAGACGGUCCUCAUCCCGCAGGCGGUCCACGUCACGGAGCCGCCAUGCUAGGCUCUCGUCUCCGAAGAGAACCCGUGAGAGAUGUCCGGUCCCUACAAGGACCCAUAUUACGAGUGCUACCAUGCGGACGAGCCAGCAGACGUCGGCCAAGGCAGAGAGACUUGCAGAGAAGCUUUUGGAAUCAUCGGCUGUCCAGUCUCUGUCGAAGCGGUCUGAUGUGGAGACCAUGGUCAAAACUCUGGCCCCCGCCUUGUUGGCGGAGUUGGCCAAGAUGGAGGCGACUCCUUCAACCUCUUCCAGAGGAAGCACCGGCGCGACAUUCGCAGCCUCCUCCUCCUCCUCAUCCGCAGCCAACAAAAAGCCAGUAGCAGCCAAAACCACCUCCGGCCAUCAGAAGGCUUCCUCUGCAAAAACCAAGACCGUCAAAGGCUCCGUCCCGACCAUUGUGACGCUGGGAAAGAUUCACCGUUCUCUCACCUACCUUGAGAUUGUGGCUGCCGUUGAGCACUAUGGAAAGACCAAAUCAGUUGUCGUGUUUCGCUCCAAAGGGGAGGCAAUCGUGUGUUUUGAGAAGAAGGAAGACGCAGAGAAACUGAGGAGGGCAAGGAACCUCAAAAUUAAAGGACUUCCAGUCUCUAUUCUGGAAAACAAGGAGAGUGUCCGCAACGCGCCGAAGUCCGAUCCUCAGAAAAAUCCAUCUGGGACUUCCAAAGUCUCUAAGACGCAAACAUCCAAAAGUACCUCGGCCACGCCUGCGGCCCAGGCCAAAGCGAAAAAUGUCCCCGGCAAAGAGAUCACAAAGACUGUGAAAAAAAUUCCGCCGAAGACCAGGAUAAAACCCACCUGCAAGGUCAUCAGUCAAAAGAAAAAAACUCAAGCACGCACUGCGAAACCACCAGGAGACGCUGCGGUGAAGGUCAACACCACAGAGAAGCAGAGCGGUGCGGUCGCGACCCCAACGGAACCGGAACCAGGAAAGGUGACUGAACCUCUGCAGCGAGCAGCGUUUAAACGCAAUCUGCCAACGGAAGACGUGAGUGACACGGAACUUCCGCGUGAGCCCAUGCAAGUGGACCCUUCUAUGGCGACCAAAGAGCAAAAUCGGCAGACUAUCGGGCCUCAAGCAGAACCCGCAACGGGACCUGUGGCUCCCCAAGCCGACUCACUUGUCGAACGCCCACGUGACCCUGAAAGCAGUGGCGUCCAGCAACAAGUGCCAGCCAAGACAAUACUAGAUGCAGCUGUGUUGGAGGAAGCGGCGCCCCCAUGCAGUUCGGAUGCAACGCCGGUUGUAGAUUCCGUGCCCCAACGCAAUUCUGAGGCAGCACUGGCGGAGCAGGCCCCCUCCCAACGUGGCUCUGAAGCAUCAGUGAAGGAGGAUGUGGGUUCCUCACACCACAUUGAACGCGCAGUGACGGAAGAAGCGGUGCCCCGGUGCGGGUCCGACGCAGCAUUGAAAAACAAUGCCGCUCCAAAGCCUGGCUCAAAGGCAGCAUUUGAAAAUGAUUUGGCGCUCCCGUGCAGCUCCAAUGCAGCAGCCAAGAAAGAUUUGGUGUCCUCACAUGAAUCCGAUGCAGCACCGAAGGACAAUGUGACACCCCCGUCUGGUUCCGAGACAACAGUAGAACAGGAUGCGGCCCCCCUACGCGGCUCCAACCAAUCAGUGAAGAAGAAUCUGACAAUCUCACCUGAAUCCGAUGCAGCAGCGAAGGACAAUGUGACACCCCCGUCUGGUUCCGAGACAACAGUAGAAAAGGAUGUGGCGUCCCAAAGCAGCGCCAACCAAUCAGUGAAGAAGGAUCCAGCGAUCUCACCGGAGUGCGAUCCAGCAGCAAAGAAGGUUUCGGCGAGCUCACGUGAAUCCGAUGCCGCGGCAAAGGACGACGUGGCUCCCCCAUGUGGUUCAGACCCACCCGUAAAAAAAGAUGCGUCGCCUCAACGUGACGCCAACCAAUCAGUGAAGAAGGAUCUGGCGAUCUCACCUGAAUCCGAUGCAGCAACGGAGAAGGAUUCCGCAACCUCGCGGGAAUCCGAUGCAGCGGCGACGGACAAUUUGGCUCCCCCAUGUGGUUCAGACGCAGCAAUAAAAAAGGAUGCGGCGCCUCAAUGCAGCGACAGCCAAUCAGCGUCGAGGGAUCCGGCGAUCUCACGCGAAUCCGAUGCAGCGGCGACGGGAAAUAUGUCACCGCCGUGCGCUUCAGUCACAACUGUACAAAAAGAGGCGGCGCCUCAAGGCGACUCCAGUGAAUCAGUGAAGAAGGAUCUGGCGCUCUCACCCGAAUCCGAUGCAGCAGCGAAGGACGCGGUGGCACCCCCAUGUGGUUCUAACGCAACAUUAAAAAAGGACGUGGCCCUCAGACACGGCUCCAACACAACAAACAAGAAGGAUUCUGCAACCUCGUGUCAAUCCGAUGCAUCAGCAAAGGGCAGUGCGUCGCCCCCGUGUGUCUCAGGCACAGCGGCUAAGAAGGAUUUGGAGCCUGCGCAUGGCUUUGGACCACCAGUGCGGAAGCAACCGGUGGUCCCCCGCGCACCCCCGCGCACUUCCGGCGCAGCACCAAAGAAGCAGGUUUCUGGCAUAGCUGCCCGACUCACCGUUGGAGAGAGAAUGAAAGACAUUCUGACUCCAAAUUAUAUCUAUGGCAUCAAAACCAAAACCUACCUCAACAAAAAGUUUUACUUACAGGAUUUGGUUGUGCUGUACGUCACCCACCUGCCCGAUGAUGAGAACAGCUACCGCGAGCAAGAUGUCAUCGAUCUGUUCAAGCCGUUUGGACUUGCAAAUUUUGAUGACUGCGUCUACGUUAUUCCUCAAACAAAAAUGGCAUUUGUUCAACUGAGGACACCCUCAUCUACGCGCAUGGCCGCCGCGGCCGCCCAAGAGGAAACGUUGGGUCUCAAGGGCUUUAAACAGCGAUUGAAUGUGCAAGUCAUGAUGAAGAACAUCCCCAUGUGGCCGGCUGACUUCUAUAAGUGGCUGAUGCAGCGGCUGAAAUGCUCGGUAUCGAACCACGGCCCGAGGACCGUGCUGGUCAAAGGCAUCAAGUGGUGCGAGAUCGCCAGCCUUCGGGAAGCUCUGAGGAAAAUCGGCGGCGUGGUCAACUUCAUGCCGCUUUUGAACAAGGUCUUUGUCGAAUUUGAGGCCGCUUCCGAUACCGAUCGCUUUGGCGUUUGGCACUCCCUCCACAAGAAGUGUCCUGCCUACCAGCUCCACAGGUUGGGCAUGCCUAUUCGUGGCAAUGAUUCAUCGAAAUCAAAACGUCAUCAAGCCAUGCCGGACAGCAAUGUGGCAUUCCUCGGGGCAACCAUUCCGAUGAUUAAACAUGGCAUUCCGCAAAGCUCCUGUGCCCCGUUUUUCCUGACCAUGAGGACAAAACCUUUCCUCUUUUCGACCUUUUCCCCCUGGUUCGUCAUUCCAGAGUUUGUGACCGUCAGACAAAUACCCGACAUUAACACGGCCAAGUCUCGUGGCGCAGAUGCGGCGUGCACCAUCAUGUUGACAGGCUUGCCUCAAGGAUUUUACCGACAGGAGGAUGUGGCGCGGUACGCGUGGCCCUAUUUUGCCCGCAGGGACCUUCAGACGCUCUGCUACAGUGUGAGCGUGCUGCCGCUCCAGAGGAGGGCCUUUGUGCAUUUCAGUGACUGGAAAUCCUGCUGCUGCUUCGUCGAGCGUUACUUACAAGAACCGCUGCGAGUGGGCGGCUCCAGGCUAUCGAUGCACUUUGUCCUGCAGCCCAUGCGUACCGAACCCAACGAGGAGAGCAUGUACGCAUCGCUGAUGCGCCUGAGCAACUCGUACGUUGGAGAAGUGGAGUCGUUGGCCGAGCGGCUGCUUUGCGUGGAGAUCUCCGAGGCCCGAAACCACACCGUAAACUUGGUUCUACAUUUGGUCUCGCAGCACGCCGAUAUUGUCAACUUCCUCCCUUUGGCCAACCGGAUAUGCAUCGAGAUGGCCGACGGUGCAGGAGUUGCCCGCGUGGUGGAAGAAGCCAAAUAUUUUCAAUUAGAUGGCAAAGCAUCGACUCAAAUUCAAAGUUUUUGCAGUGCUAAGCGCCUGAAACAGCGCCUUGAGGAUCCAACCGAGUUGACCUUGAAUCAUAACCUUGAAGAGUUCUGGAUGCACACCUGCCCACCACCUCCAUGUCUGCUCACUCUGCGAUUGCCGUCCCCCGCCGCUCCCUCAGCUGAUCCCGGACGACCCACCAAGAUGCUCGUGUCGACGCCGCGGGGGGAAGAAACGGCAGCUGAAGAUGACUCUGAGAAAGUGCAAUCUUCGAUGACUGAGGAGACCACAGCUGCUCCGACAAAGGCCAGAGAUGGGACGCCGCCAGCUUCAGCCUGUGGUGGCAGUGAGGUCCCGGCUGUACAUAAUAAGGAAAAAGAGGCCCCCCCUGUUAAAGAGGAAACCCUUGUGAAAAGUGAUGAUGCAUUGAGGCAGGGGGAUGCUGAAGAUGCCAUUCCUUCAGAUGCAGAUCUUUUUGACAAGCAACCCUUCAACAUGGAUGAAUUUGUCACCGUCGAUGAAGUCGGGGACCUGGAGGACGGCGCAAGCGAGGCCCCCUCCCUAUCCCAGAGACCUUCUUCCCAAGCAGAUCUGCUGCCUGCUCGCAAACGGACCAAAGUGAGCGCCUCAAAAGAGUCAAAGAGUUCCGCCUCCUCCCUGCUAACUUCCUCCAGGACCACCAGAAGCUCAUCAAAAAGGAGCCUCUCUUCGGGGUCCACCCCCGCGCCGCCUACAAAGUCGCCCCCCGCAAAAAAAACAAAACAAGCAAAGGCUUCACACCCGAAGUAUCCAGUACGGUUGUCUCCCACUGAUUGUGGAGAAACGAAUUUGGCGACAAUGGCCAAUGAGGAAAGUUAUCAAGUGUUGGAUAGCGUCUGCGAUGACCAAAAAUCUCCCUCGGGCGAAGUCGGUGGCAGGACCGAGCUCCAAGCAGCUCCGGAGCAGGACAACAUCAGUCAGGUUGAAAAUGCUGAGGAAGAGCAGACACAACCAGCUUCUUCUGCACCAAAAGUUGAAGAGCAGGAAAACAGAGGAGGAGAAAAUGAGGUGAUCGGUGUGAAGGAGGAAGACUUGGACAACGUGCGGACGGCAGAAUCCCGCCAAACAAACGAUGCAGUUGAGGACCCGCCCUCAGCUGACCUUGACAGACAAGUUGUAGAGACUGCCGGUGGACUGCUACUCAAAGACGACACUAUGCUCGCAGGACAAGAAGUAGGAGAGGAAGAAGCCGAAGCAUACCAGGUGAUUGAUUCUGUGGAAGAGCAACCAGCUCCCACCGAGAAUGAGCUCAAUGUCCCAGAAGCACCGAAGCGUCGUCCUCCCUCAAGCAAAGCGCGCAUACCUCCAAAGAGGUCGGCGUCCGCCGCCGCCGCCAAACCUCCCGAGCCCGAGAAAUACCUCGUGGUCGAUUCUUUCCAAGUUGAAAGUUCCACAAGCACACCGGCGGCGGGUAGGAGGCGGAGCACCAGAGGAAAGACGCAAGAGCAGAGCAUCAAAACAUCUGUCAAGGAUGAGGAGGCCACUUUCCACAUUAUAGACUCGGUGGAGGAUGAAGCGAGCGUCACCCCGAAAGUCACCAGAGGAAAAAAAGGAAGACCGCCAAAGAGAGACGCAUCGAGUGAGAACGGAGCUCAAGAAGAAAAGGUUGCCACGGCGAGGGCUAAUCCUACAGAUGAAAGCGCCAAGGGAAAAACACCAAUUAAGAUUGAGGCCAUCAUUAAAGAGGAGCCCAUCUAUCAAGUCCUGGACCAGGUGAAGGUUUCUCCACCCACAAAAGGUAAGAGGAGGCGGGGAAGACCAAAGAAAGAGGUUAAAAUGGAACAAAAUGACACCAUUGAUGAAGAAGAAGCAGCGACGUUCCAGGUCCUGGACUCUGUGGAGGACGACACGGGCCAGGAUCUGCCGUCUACUGAGCACACGCCACACGAUUCAAAAAAGGAAGGCGGGACCGACGGGACGUCUCCGAGAAAGCUCGAGGAUGAGGAGGAAGCAACGUAUCAAGUGGUUGAUUGUUUGGAGGAAGAAGAGGCCGAGGUGAGCACCGCGGAUGUUUGCGGUUCAGUCGAGACAGAAGAACGCCAAACAAAAAUCGGUGAAAAAGCUGCAAAAUGUGAAAACAAACAAGAGGCUGACGUCAAAGGGGAAGAAGAUGUGCCUUCCCGAAUGAAGACCAGGUUGCAACGGCGCUCAGCUGCCAAAAAAGACGGCGCACCGCUGAGCGCUCUCACGAUGGACAAAGUAAGCGACGAGGAAAACUUCUCCGACGACGUUGCCCAGAAGCCAGCGGAGGCAGAGGGGCAAGUCGAGCAGGAACGCAAGAAGAUCCGGUGCCGGGAGCGCGGCGGGUCAAGCAGACUGCAGGCCAGAAAACGCGAGGCUAAGGAAAAACUGGUCACGCUGGACCAAGUCGGAGCGGAGGAGGCCGGCGAGCAGCAGCAGCAGCGAGCGCCGGACAGUGACGUCUCUGAGAGCGAGCUUGCUCUGGUUACUCUGGAUGAGCUUGUGCUCGAGCGGGAAGAGGCAAAAGGUCAACGCCCAGUCAGCGAGGGAGAAUUCUCAGAGAACUCUCUGAACCCUGAGACUCUUUUGACUUUGGAUGAAACUGGUGAUGAGGACCACGAUGAGGAAAGUGAAUCUGUGGGGAUGCCUCAAUCUACCAAACGCAAACGUAGCGACGACACAGAGGACAACACAACCUUGGUGACGCUGGACCAAGUGGGGCAUGUUGAAGAGGACGUCUUGAGAAGCGCAAUUGAGAAGCGGCAUCGAUCGGCUUCUGUGACAAUUUCGAGCGGCGCGAACCAGGGCGAGACGGAGGCGGCGACAUCAGCCGAUGAUCCCCGGCCUCCAUGCGUCCAUCCGGAGAAGGAGAGAGAGGAGGAGGCGAACACGGGGGAGCGGGAAAAAGAGCAAAACAAAAAAGAGAAUUCAGAGGAGGAAAGCACAAUAGCGGAGACGGAAAACGAGGAGUUAGCCGCGUCUGCUCGGCAGCCCGUGCAAGCUUCACUCCAAAAACUGGGCAAACGCAAGGCGGAGCUCAUUUCACCUGCAGCAAAACGAUCACGUUCCGAGUCUCCCUGUGGCCCCCCAGCUGUUGUUCUGCCCGUGUUCAAACCCAACAACCCUCUUGGUAUAGAGUUCGUCGUGCCCAAAUCUGGUUAUUUCUGUGAACUCUGCUCAGUAUUUUACCUGAAAGAGAGAAUGGCCAAAGACAGGCACUGCAGCAGCCGGAGGCACUAUGACAAUUUAAAGAAAUAUUACCGCAAGCGUGAAGAUAUUUCAAGAACAUCCACUCAAGGCUCGGUCUCCGAUUGAGCUCCUGUCAAAUGACUGUCAAAUGUUUUUGUUUUCGUUUUGUUUUUUGUCUCGACACCUGCAACCAGAGUUUUCCAUCGCACAUCCGAUUUCAGAGCUCUAUCAUCUUCAAGGUUUUAGUGUAUUUAGUUUUGAUUUGCUGUAGCUAUACUAUAAAGGGGAGACAACAAAAGUUGUAUCCUGUCAGUUUUUACGUGUACACAGAUAGAUGGCCUUUAAACUGCUUAUUAAAUGUUCACAGUAAAAUGGUG